UGUUGAUAAGUCGCCUCCUGUCACUCACUGAAGGAGUUUGGUGCCGCUGAUGUCAGGAGACAGUGAUCGUGCAGAGGAGGAGCGGCCGCUGCCAACAUGUGACAGAGAGCAGGUUUCUCCACACACAUCUGACCAAUAGAGCUCAGGAGAGUGAAAAGACGCGGGGCAGCUGCAGGAGCGGCUCGGACUACACCAGUUGUUGCUCACACCAAGUUCUGCUCCGCUGCUGCAAACAACACGAAAACAACAACAACAACAACAACAACAUGGCAAGUUCUGCCUCGCUGGAAACGGUGAUGUCCUGCGGUAGGACCGGACCGUCCGCGGCUCCCAAGUCGCUGGCCUUCUCCAUAGACCGGAUCAUGUCCAAGAGUUCGGAGCCGAAGGGGAGUGCGGAGGAGCGGGCAGAGGGGAAGAAGCUGCUCGGUCUCUGCUGCCCGAUCCCCUGCAUGAUCCCGCUGCAGCCCUUCAGCUACGACCUCCAGGCCAAGGCGCUGAUGAACUACUCCGAGCUGUGGAGAGCCAGUUUCAGGGGAACUUUUUGCGGCACCGGAGCCGCUCCGUGCAAAGGGAACUGCGGCAUGUGCUGCAAAGCGGAGCCGAGUCUGAAGCAGCCGCUGCUGUCGUCGGGAAGCCGGGUGGUGAAGCCGCAGGUCGUCCACCAGGCCGUGGCCGUGCCCAGCGGCGGCUCCCUCUACUAUCUCAACUACCUGGACUCUGCGUACCAGCAGUCGGAGCUGCUGGCCGGACACUGGGUGUCCAAUCCGCAGGCACAGGCCUCUCUGUCGGCGCACCACAGACUCUUGCUGCUGGAGAACGCCAAGCUGGCAGGGGUAGGGGCCGACAAACUGCCCACACCUCAGUACCCGCACAAGGAGCAUCUGCCGGGGCAGCUGGACCAGAUAGUGAAGGAGAACCACGGCCUGAGCGCAGAGAAGAACGGCGUCAAGACUCACAGCAAAGUGAGCGGCAGCGGCCCCGCAGACGGAAAACCCAAAAACUUCACGUGUGAAGUGUGUGGAAAGGUUUUUAACGCGCACUACAACCUGACCAGACACAUGCCGGUGCACACCGGGGCCCGGCCCUUCGUGUGCAAAGUGUGCGGCAAAGGAUUCCGACAGGCCAGCACGCUGUGCAGGCACAAGAUCAUCCACACUCAGGAAAAGCCUCAUAAAUGCAACCAGUGCGGGAAAGCGUUCAACAGAAGCUCGACGCUCAACACGCACGUACGGAUCCACGCAGGCUACAAACCGUUCGUGUGUGAGUUCUGCGGGAAAGGCUUCCACCAGAAAGGAAACUACAAGAACCACAAGCUGACGCACAGCGGAGAGAAGCAGUACAAGUGCUCCAUCUGCAACAAGGCCUUCCACCAGAUCUACAACCUGACCUUCCACAUGCACACGCACAAUGACAAGAAGCCCUUCACCUGCAACACCUGCGGCAAGGGCUUCUGCCGCAACUUUGACCUGAAGAAACACAUCCGGAAGCUGCACGACAACGUCUUCUCUGCGGCCACAGAGGCCUCCAGACAACUGCAGAGCUGAGCCGAGUAAACAGCCCACCUGGGACUGUGAGGCCUCAGAAAGACUCAAGUCCGGCUCUUGUGGCCCUGCUGAAAAGUCCAAGGAGAGGGUGGGGUAGUCCAAUAAAAUUGGAUAUGAGCCCUCAACAAAAACUUUUCUAAUCUGAUGACUUUUAGGAUCCUCUUAUCAACAGAGACACUGUAGGGAAUAAAGACCAGAGAUGAAGACACAACAAUACACACUUAACACUGGUCCCAUACUGUAGGAAUAUUGUAGUUUUUCUGCCCAGAAUUUCAUCCUGCGUUGCCAGUUACAAGCAUCAAACUGGGAUCAAUUGUCUGUCUCCUUAAUGGAACUGUAAAUAAUAGGUUAUGGAAAAAAUGAUAUUUAAAAUGUGAAUUGUCCGGGGAAUGCAUCACCAUGUUGUGUAUUUCACAGAUGAACAACUGUUAAUGUGAAUGAGUAAGUUAUAAGUUAUAAUGAAAACUGAAUGUUUGAGCUAUGUUGUUUCCAUUUUUUGGCAUUUGAAAAUAAAACUGAUGAAAGUUG